CAUUCUAUUUAGAAACCACUAUCUCAAUUAGAUUGUUGAACUUGCUACUAUGAAAAGGAGUUUGCCCUUAAAAUCUCUCUCAGACCUGCACUCCGAGGUGCGCCAUUUCGAUGGAUCUCUUCUGCCAUAGUUAUGUCGCUCCUCCAGCCUCCUCGUGAAGAAUCUUUGCUCUUCCUCCAUGGCCCUGAUGGUAACUGUUUCUCGUCCGUUGCGUUUCAGACCUCCUCCAGGUCUGCCGCGAGACGCUGUCUAUCUCCUUUCUCCUCUUCAGAUCCUCAACACCUCUGUCAAGCUCUCUCUUCAAGAGUUUACACAAACUUUUGUUCUGAUGCUUGCUUGUCCAACAAUGGUAACAAAGUUCAAUGGUGGCGGUGCUCCUCUUGUGUCCGAUGGUGACACUCUUUUUGCCUAUGGCAUUUAUUGUAGAGGCAAGGACUGGUCUUCUCUCAGAUCUUAUCUCGACCUUCCUCAUACAAUCCUCCAGUUGGAAGAAAACUCAUUGGUAUAUGUCACUUGCUGAAUAUGGUGUUGAUGGAUAUAGACUUCUCGGUUGUCUCAUGUUUGGAGUAAUUUCUUUUUCUUAUAUUUUCUCUUGUAUGGAGUGAAUUGGAAGCUCUUGGAAGCUCUUGGAAGCUCAAACGUUGUUGGUACUGCAAAGAUCUUUUUCCCAACUAAUGCCUUUCUUUGCUUUUGGUGCACUGAUUGUGAUCCUUCGGAUUACACUAGAUGCAACAAUACAAAAAGUUUAUGAAAUUGUUAUGUAGGUUUCUUGCUAUGAUUUUUUCCAAUUCUAUCUCAUAUUUAUCAGUUUCUCAUUGUUGUUGACUUUAUGUGGCUUUGUUGUAUCCUCCUCCUCUAAUGAAGUAUGAACUCUUCUAGAUUAAAUGCAAGUUGGUUUGAAUU